CACAAAACAAUAGAUAUAGAAGGAACAGUUGCAGAGCCACAUCCGAAACUAAAGGAAAGGUAGAGGACAGGAGGCACCGAAUUGAGCAGCCGCAGCGGUAUUUCGACAAACAAAAUGGCGGAUGGUGGGCAUUCAUUCGUGAAGAAGACAUUUCAUAAGCCAACUUACUGUCAUCACUGCUCGGAUCUGCUCUGGGGCCUCAUCCAGCAGGGCUACAUAUGCGAGGUUUGCAACUUUAUCAUACACGAACGAUGUGUCACGAAUGUGGUAACACCCUGUUCCGGCAUCGCUCCAUGCAUUAUAAAGAAUCCCGUUGCCCAUUGUUGGUCCGAGCCAACGCAUCACAAGAGGAAAUUCUGCACAGUUUGCCGUAAGCGAUUGGAUGAAACGCCAGCGGUGCAUUGUCUAGUUUGCGAAUAUUUCGCGCAUAUUGAGUGCCAAGAUUUUGCCGUGCCCGAUUGCACAGAGAAUGCCACCUAUGUGCCCGGCAAGGAGCUGCUUAAUGUGAAGCAUCAACACCAUUGGCGAGAGGGCAAUCUUCCAUCAACGUCCAAAUGCGCAUACUGCAAGAAGACCUGCUGGUCCUCGGAAUGUCUCACUGGCUAUCGCUGCGAGUGGUGUGGCAUGACCACCCAUGCCGGAUGUCGCAUGUACCUGCCAACCGAAUGUAAUUUUGGUAUUCUACAACCUAUCUACUUACCUCCGCAUUCAGUCUCGAUACCACGCACCGAGGUGCCCAUCGAGGCGAUCAUCGGCGUUCAGGUCAAGUCGAAAACGACGCUCGUGCGCGACUAUUCGUGUCCCAGUCCGGAUCUGAGUGCUGGUUCGGGACCGGGUUCUGGAACGGUGCCAGGCGUGGUGUGCCUCAGAGAGCUGCUCGAGCUCCAUCGGCAGCGUCUUGAGCAAUCGAAACAACAUUUUCUCCUUUCAUCACCGCCCACGCCCACAUCCUGCGGCUCCAUCUCGCUCUGCCACUCGCCCACACCCUCGCUGACAGUGGGAGAGACGAGCACCGAGCUGGAACCGGACCAGGAGCGCCACGACGACCAAGAGGAGGAUGAAGACGAGGACUACGUUGCCACGGAGGCGGACAGCGCCCUGCAGCUGACGACAUCCACCUCGAACGUUCUGGGACCGCUGCAAAAGUCGCCGUCGACCAACUCAUCGCUGCAUCUGCUCUACACGAGCAUCUUCAGGAAGCUGGGACACGGCAGGAGGCGACGGAAGCGCGGCGGCGGGAUCUCCCAGAGCGAGGAAGACGAUGAGGAGGAGGAGGAGGAGGACGAAGACGAGGUGGAUGGCGGUGUCUGUGAUAUAAGCGGUGGCGACAUCAGCGACGACUACGACCACUGUGACGUGGCCCUGCGCCGGCGUGAAAGAGCCGCACGCCGGCAGCCGCGAGAAGUCAGCGAGACGGACUACCACGGCGACGCAGAGAUGGAGACGGCGCCCCGGGAGAGCUGCUACGAGACCUCGGACACCGGCGGCGAUCUGACGAACACGGAUGAGCUCGACUCCAGCAUGAAUCUGAUCAGCAACCUUAGCUAUAAUAGUAGUAAUAGUAACACCUCCCAUGCCUCGAGAGCUGCCCACCCACCCACAGCUGCUGCUGCUGCCACAGGCACCGCAGCUGCCACUGCCAUUGCCACAGCGACUGCGACUGCGAGUGCGAGUGGUAAAAAUCCAAAUCCAAAGACUGGGGCCGCUCCGGCGGCCAAGCCCAAGCCCAAGACCAUACUCAGUGUCUCGAAGCACAAGCACAAGGUGGCGGGAAAGGGCGGAUCCCUGAGUUCGCCCAACUCCAGCGACUGCUCCUCGGCCUCGCCCUCAGCGAUGGCGAGCGGCUCCCUCACACACACACUGCUCCAGCUCUCGCCCGUGGGACGGAGCAAGUCCUUCCAGGAGCCAGGCGUCAGUGUGUCCCGCUACAAGAAGUACGGACGCGGUCUGUUCCGACGGCGAUCCAAGCGAUCGCCGAAGAACACGGCUGGCGGUGGAGUGGCGGGUGCCGGCAGCGGUGUGAAGAGCAACUACAGCCUGGACAGACUGUCGCAGAACAUAGAGAUCACCAUCCAGGACGAGGAUGGUAACUACCGGCCGUAUGACGACAACUACCACAUGCUGGCGCGCCGCACUGCUGGCCACGACGCCACCGAUGUGGAUGAUGAUGUGUGCUUCGAUGAUCUCUACCUGGACGAUCGGCCCGGCGGACAGAGCGACGACCUUGCGGCAUUUGCCGGCGACAUCAGCGAUGGCGGUGCCAGCAGUCGAUCGCGUGCCAGCGAUGCCAGCGAUGGCCAUGUCCUGGGGCGACUCCUGCGGCAUGUGCGGGGCCUCUCCGUCGGCUGGCGCAAGCCGCGCUACCAGAAGCGCAGAGCACGCAGCAUAUCCGAGGAGUUCAGCAGCGGCGAUACGCCCCGCUUCAAGGAUGAAGAGUCCGCCAGCAAAACCGAAUCGGGCCAUGGACCCAGCAGUGGUGGUGGCGAAAGGGGAGGCGGUGGUGCCAGUGGCAGUGGUGGUGGAGGCGGAGGAGGAGGAGGAGGCUCCAGCACUGCUGGCGGAUCUGCGGCACCGUCGGGCGGUGGCGGCGGUGGUGGAGGUGGAGGUGGCUCCGGCCACUAUAGUAGGCCAGAUUCCGCUAGCCACAAGUCGGAUGCCAAGUCCGAUGCCAAAAUGGAGCGAGACCGCGAGAAGAAGGAAAAGGAGCGCGAGGAGAAGGACAUAGAGAUGAUCAAGGUAUUCGAUGGCAACAACUCAUUCCGCCGACAACAGUACCGCGUGAUCAUUGUGCAGCGAACGUACACGCUGGAGCAGCUGCUGACCACCGCACUGCGGGCCUUCCACAUCACGCGCGAUCCGAAGGCCUUCUAUCUGACCGAUCUGUAUGCACCCGCUGGCAUGGAGGACACCCCAAUGCUGGACCCCACUCCUGUGCUGAGUCUGGUGCACUUGGAGGGCAAGCGACCGGCGAUAUAUCUUCGGUUUCACGACAAGGAGAAGGGCCAUGUCCGCGUGUAUCCUGGGAAGCUGCAGUGUGCCAUGGAGGAUCCGUAUGUCAGUGUUCCUGUGGAUAAUAACACAGUCAUCAAGGAUUUGAUACGCGAUGCUCUGGACAAGUUCGGGCUGCAGGAUAACCAGAUACAGGAUUACAGAUGCUCGGAGGUGCUGCUCGAUCGUGGCGUGACCGAACGCAUCCUCUCGUGGAACGAGAGACCUUGGGAUAUUACGAAGCAGCUGGGCAAGGACUCCAUACGCCAAAUGGAGCUGAUGCGCUUCUACAUGCAGCACAAGCAGGAUCCGCAUGGACCCAACAUUGCCCUCUUUGUGGGCAAUCUGCCCACAGGACUCUCGCAGCGCAACUACGAGCAGAUCCUCAACAAGUACGUCACCGAUGAGAACAAGUUCAUCAGCAUUGGACCCAUCUACUACGAGUAUGGCUCUGUGGUCCUGACCUUUGAGGAUGCCCAGAAGGCGGUUCGAGCCUUCUAUAAUCUCCGCGAGACGAUCAUCGAGGACAAGAAGCUGCUGGUGCUGCUCUUGCCGAACAUUGAGCCCAGCAUGGUGCCCUCCGAUGUGCGGCCGCUGCUGGUCUUUGUCAACGUCAAGUCUGGUGGCUGCCAGGGCCUGGAGCUGAUCUCCAGCUUCAGGAAAUUGCUGAAUCCCUAUCAGGUGUUCGAUCUGGACAAUGGAGGUCCUCUGCCAGGUCUGUAUGUUUUCCGGCAGAUAACGAACUACAAGAUUCUGGUUUGUGGCGGCGACGGCACCAUCGGAUGGGUGCUGCAGUGUCUGGACAAUGUUGGCCAGGACUCGGAAUGCUCUAGCCCACCGUGCGCCAUUGUUCCACUCGGAACGGGCAAUGAUUUGGCUCGGGUCCUGUGCUGGGGCUCUGGCUAUACCGGCGGCGAGGAUCCGCUGAAUUUGCUGCGGGAUGUGAUCGAGGCCGAGGAGAUACGGCUGGAUCGCUGGACCGUGGUCUUCCAUCCGGAGGAUAAGCCCGAAGAGCCGGCCAUGAAGGCGCCGUCCCAAACAACCGGUAAGAAGAAGAAGGCACACCAAGCACAUCUAUCGCAAUCGCAAUCGCAACAAACCAAUCAGCAUCAUCAAUUACCGGCUCUGACAUCGAGUGAUAUAUCAGGUGGCGCCCAGAACGAGGACAACUCACAGAUCUUUGUGAUGAACAACUACUUUGGCAUUGGGAUCGAUGCCGACCUGUGCCUGGACUUCCACAAUGCUCGAGAGGAGAAUCCGAAUCAGUUCAACUCGCGGCUCCGCAACAAGGGCUACUACGUCAAGAUGGGUCUCCGGAAGAUUGUCGGACGCAAGGCGGUCAAGGAUCUGCACAAGGAGCUGCGCCUUGAGGUCGAUGGCAAGAUUGUGGAACUGCCGCCAGUUGAUGGCAUCAUCAUUUUGAAUAUAUUGAGCUGGGGCAGCGGCGCUAAUCCCUGGGGUCCCGACAAGGAUGAUCAGUUCUCCACACCGAACCACUACGAUGGCAUGCUGGAGGUGGUGGGCGUCACUGGCGUUGUCCAUUUGGGCCAGAUCCAGUCGGGCAUUCGCACGGCCAUGCGCAUAGCACAGGGUGGCCACAUUAAAAUACAUCUGAACACGGACAUGCCCGUUCAGGUUGAUGGCGAGCCCUGGAUCCAGAGUCCCGGCGACGUUGUGGUUCUCAAGUCGGCUCUCAAGGCCACCAUGCUGAAGAAAACGAAGAGUAAGCGCCGCCUCACGGAGCCGCAUAUCUCGCCAGCGGUCCUGAGUCUCUCUGUGGCACAGUCGCAGCAGGCGCAGGCACAGCAGCAGCAGCAGCAGCAACAGCAGCAGCAGCAACUACAGCAACUGCAACAGCAGCAACAAUCGCAGCAGCAGCAGCAGCAGCAGCAGCAACAGCUGCCAGAGAACGGCAAUAAGGAGGCGGCGGGGGCAUCAUCAAUGGUGCUGCCCCCUAGCUUUGGCAGCACCUAGAGCUUACCCUCCGCCUAUGCCUCGGGCCUGAGAUAUUGGUUUUCCUGUUUUUUCCCAUAGUCAAAGUAAUGAAACGAAACGAAACGCAACAGUAAACUUAAUUCACACACAAAAACGAGUGACAGGGAAACAGAGGCGUGGCGUGGCGUUCCAUAUCCACAUCCAUAGCACAGCGAGCAUCAUCUUGUAAUCAUAUGAAAGUUUACAAAAACAAGAGCAAAACUCCAAUUGCGAAAGCAAACUAAAACUUAAUCUUCCAUUCAAAGAGAAUCAACAGUAACGUCUAGCAUUAAACGAGAAACGAAAACAAAAACAAAAGUAAAGCCACAAGUAAACAAAAAAAUAUAAAUAUGUACACCCAAAAAGGUUGAAGCUAACACAUAGCGAAGGGAUUGUAAAUAAUCAAUUGGUGCCAAUAUUUGAGAGGCCAGAAAAACAUAGAGAGCGAGAGAGAGAGAGAGACCCUUGAGUGGCUGUCGUCAAAGCUCUAAAUGAGAACAAUCCACCAAAAUUCCACACAGUACACACCCAGUACAACCGCCCACCCAACCACCACCACUCUGCACAAAAAAAGAACAGUGACCACCGCUUUUGAACUUGAAUUAGAAACUAAAAACACACACCACAAAUACACACCCACCACACCCACCACACUCUCCAUGCUUUUGAUUUUUCCUUUUGUUUAUAGGAGAGAACAUAUACUAUGUACGUACCAGAAGAAGAAAACAUUUGUAUGCAAAUGCCAUUUAUAUUCUUUCUUGAUCUUGCAAGCAUUUUUCUUUCCAUCAUAAUACAAACGAUUAAUAUCGAAUCACAUGAAAAACAUUUAGUUUAUUGAGUUAUGUUGCAUUUUGCCUGAUUUCUCAGCCAGUCUAAUUGCGAUCUAGCUUUUUUUGGAACAACUAUAAUCCUAGGAUCGAAACAUGAUUUCCUUUACGUUAACUCUCUAUAUUUUCUUACUCUCUCUUUUCUCUCCAAAAAAUACAAUACACAAUAACAACAACAACAACAACACCUACUUCUCUACAUACUCUACUCUAUAUACUCUCUUCUUAUCCGAUCUAUGCGCUCCGAUUUACACACGAUAUCUGUAUUGUAAUCCUAACUCUUAAAUCAAAUCCAAAUAUGAUGGAAACAAAUCAAUAUUUCUAAACAAAUUGCAUUCCAACAUUCAUGGAAAUGUGAUUGAAUAUGCACCCACAAAAAAACGAUUCAAAUAUCGAAAUAAACCAAAAAAUAAAUAAACUACCGUUAACGUAGGCCACGAUGUUGAAAAAGAACAAGCUGAAAAUGAAACGCAGGAACACGGAACCCACCAUGCUCGUUGCCGGCUCCUCGGCGACGCCCCAAUUGUCGCUGGCCCUGCCGCCCAGCGUGGACGAGGCGGUCGAUGGGGCCGUGGGCGAUGGCGGAACGGGCAACAAUACGGAUUUCUGAAUAUGGUAUAGCGAGCGUCUGAUUUAACGUGCUAAUUCCAGGCAGCCAACCC